UGGUCCCCAUCAGACCUUUUUCUUUCUUUUAACAGGGGACAGUUAUGGGACGGAUGGGAAGGCUAAACUGCCAAAUUUCACUGAGGACAUCGACUGGCAAGGACUGGAAGAUUUAUACAGUGUGAAUGAAAGUUUGUACGAAUACAGAUACAACUAUAGACUUAGUCUGGAUGACUGGACUAAUUACUUGAAGGAUCUAGAUAGAAUGUUUGCACUGCUGAACAGUUACUAUGAGCAAAAUAAAACAGACAAAACUAAAACUGCUCAAAACAAUGGGUAUGUGGAUGAAUCACCUAUACCAUUUACCUUGGGGGGACUGACCUCUGCUGAGUCAGACGAAGACUCAAGUGGUCUGAUUGCAGAAGAGCUGCAGCCUAUCGUGGCAACUGACUUGGCAGCCCUAGCUUUGAGCACUGUAAUUUUAAAUCAAGUGAGGAAACUUGAAUUAAAUAAUGAUAUUCCUGAGAAAAGUAGUUUGAAUUCUGCACACUGGAGAAAUCAACAAGCUGAAAAGUGGUUGGAGAAUAAAGAGUUAGACAGUUUUGAAAUGGAUUUAAGUGGAAACGGUUUGACAGAGCUGGAGUCCAGGCAUAGCUUCAUUCUACAGACAGUUAGCAUUCUUCAGAAAGACUCUCACCAGGACAGUGACCCAGUGGAGGAUAUUUUUGAAGAUCAGAUAUACCUUCCUGUAAAUUCUGAUGAACCCACUGUUCAUCAAGCUGUAAAUGUCUCCAUCAGGGAUCCAUCUAUUAGGGCUCAGAAAAUGAAGACUAUGUUGGAAAAGAUGGAACAAAACUUUGAAGGAGAGACGUCACAAAUCCUAAAUGUAGAAGGCAGUGCCUCAUCUCCACUCUCCUUGGAUUAGAUCAAAUUGUAAACCAUAUAUGGGUCUCUUUAUUUUUGAUCAGUAAACUAGUAAUGGUAACCAUGACAACUGACAUUCCAUGUUUAUUGCAGAUACAUUUUGCAGCUGAAAUGAGCCCAACACUCUGUGUGUGUGUGUAUUUCAUAUAUACACGUACACAUACUUGCACACUAAUUUUCCAUAAUUGAGAAACUAGGUUCCCACAGUAUUAAAAAAGAAACAGUGUUAACUUUAUAGUGCAGUGAUGCACACAUUUCCUAGACUAGUAAUGAUUUCCUUAAAGUUUCCUUUGAGUUACUUUUUCUGUUGCCGAAAGGUCCCACAUAAAUGAAUGUCUCAGUCCACCCAUGCUAUCUGCAUAAUGUAUUUUUGAUAAAUUAUUUUUAACCACUGGAAUUUCUUGUCACACUUUUGAGUAAAAUGAUAUUGCACUUUUGUAAUCUGUCUCCCAGACCAUUUAUUAAUCUGAUCCUUUACAUGUUCUUAGUUUGCUCAUUGUUUCACGUAAUUGUGAAAUAAUAAAAUGGGUUGACAGGAAAGAGAUAUUCAGCAUGGAUUGUGAAAACAGAUUGGUCGAAUAUUAUUUUAGCAGAAAAUAUUGCAUGUUUUGUUGCCUUGACUUCCAGAAAUUUAUUUUCAGAAAGGUAUAGCUAAUGAAUGCUCACUGUAUGAGGAGUUUAAAAAAUUGGCUUGUUUCCCUACAUAUUGCUACCAUCAGUAUUAAAAAUCCAUGAAUUUUUCUAGAUUUUUUGCUGAUAUCCUUACAGAGGUGUAUAGGAGUAGAAUAUGCUUUGUCGCCAUUUUUUAUUUUAUUAGUCUGGACAAUAUCUUGAUAUUUUCAGAAAGUAUUGUCAUCAAUUUGGGACUUUAAGAUGUUUUUUUAAAGGCAUUAAAGGGAAUGGUAAAAUCAUAUGAGAGUUACAUAUUUUAGAUACAAAAGGCACAUGUGGUCAGAAUAGUAAGCCAGACCUAUUUUGUUGUUGUAAUGUGUUCUAAAAGGUUGUUUUUUUCCUGGAUUUUACCAAACAUUUAAUUUUUUUAAAGAAUAAUACAAAAUUGACUUUGAAAAUCUGUAUUGUUGGUAACUUAAUAUCUAUCUUAGUUGUUUUUUUAACAUAGGUAGAAAAUAAAAUAAAAAGAAUCACCUCAUAGAUGUAUUUCCACCAUGUCCAAUUCACACUAAAUGUUGUAUGUUAUUUAGCUUAGUGGGUUGUUUAGUCUAUUGCAAGCACUGCAGGUUAAAAUUAUGUUCUUUUGCUUUAAGUGUUUAAGUUGAACUAUUUUAAAAGCAGAUUCUUUUAGUAGGAUUUUAAUAAUUUUAAGAAGCAGUCUUUAUGAUGGACUCUGUGAAUAUGUUAAAAUUAACUCGCUACGUAUCUGAUGUAUGUGCCAUGGGCUGAAUGACAGAACAAACGUAUUUAUGGUCAUGAAUGAUGCUAUUUGUAAAUAGAUUUCUAGUUAUUAGGAUAAAAACUGUGGUUUUUUUUAAAUCUUGUACAAUAUUUCUGUGAUACUUUUAUAGAACAAUUCUGGCUUCAGGGAAGUCUAGAAGCAAUAUUUCUUGAAAUAAAAGGUGUUUUACUCUA